CCUCAGGUCGAUAGCAAACGAGCUAACUAGCUCCACACAGCCAAAACACCGCGAAAGAAGCAUAGCGGCGAAAACCCGCGGGUUACUUAUUUAAAUCUAUUUUUUAUUUAUUUAUUUAUAUGUUUAAACAUUAAAUCGGUUAUUUGCAGAAACCGGGACGGAAGGAGAGGAGAAUGGUCGUCCCUGAUGGUGGAAGUGUCCUCCAGCCAGCGGACAGCGGUGAUGCAGACGAGGUGCUGUCCAGCUCGGAGCCGGAGUUCGGUCCCAAUCUGACCGCGGUGGAGCUGCAGGAGGUGCGUAAGCUGCAGGAGCUGGUACGCCGUCUAGAGGUCCAGAAUCAAGCCCUGCGCAACAGGGGCAGCAAACUCGCCAGCAACAGCAACCUCUCCACCGGAGCUAACAGGAAUAACCUGCACGGGGCCAUGGACACUUCUCCCGGAGCAGAGGAUGCUGGGAACCUGGCGGGCAGCAGCAGCGGUGAGGACAUGUCUCCGCUGCCCGAGGCCUCCAGGCCGGAGGAGGAUGGGUUCUUAGGCUCCAAACAAACUCUGGGACGCUUCGAGCCGAGUCUGUCUCCGGAUCUCUGUGAUUCAGAGACGCUGGGAGCAAGGGAUGUGGGUAUGGGCCAGUCCGGCCUGGACGAGGUGGAUGAGCUUGACUUAGAGACGUGCGCUCAGACCGAGGAUGAAGACAGUUGGUUGUACGUUUCACCAAAGAAGCAGGUUGCGGCUGAACUGGGGCCUGAAUCACCGCUCAAAUGGAGUCGAAAAGUUCUCGAUCAUCCCAGUCCAGAGACCGAGGUCGCCUGUCGCACGCUCAUCAACCGGCUAGACCAAACGUCUAGAUGGAAGAACGUGUACAGUAGCCCAUCUCAGUCCAGUGAGGCUGGCGUCUCGGCGUCCUCGUCUGCUGGGUACCUCAAAUCAACUAACAAAACACUACUAACCUCUGGCAGCUCAGGUUGCAUGGGCGUUCCCUCUGCUCUCAGCUCACAGUCGUCUAUUGACAGUGAGUUAAGCACCUCAGAUGACUCCAUCUCCAUGGGCUACAAGCUUCAGGACCUGACUGAUGUUCAGAUAAUGGCUCGUCUGCAGGAGGAGAGUCUCCGGCAUGACUACGCCUCUACCUCGGCCUCGCGCCGCAGCUCCUCGGGCUCCCUGCAGUCUCUGCGUCGAGGCACCUACAGCGACCAGGAGCUGGACUCCUACAGUCAGGAGGACGAGGAGGACGAGUGCUGCUCUCUGCCACAGCGGCUCCAGCGCUACUCGCCCUCCUCCCACGGCUCGCCCCGCCGCCCACGAAUGUCCCGCCGCUCGCUGCGGGGCCCGGGGCCCAAGAGCGAGGAGGAGCUCAGGCACAGCAUGCCUAACCUGACCCCGCGCAGCGGCCUGCAGUCUCUGGACGCAGUCAGAAACAGCCGCAGCAUGGAGGCUAACUUACAGAGCUCAGGCAACCGCACGUCCCAUCUGCCCCAGUCCCCCACAGGUGUAUCAUCUGCGAGGAUGAGGGCUGAUGGCCAGUCCCCUCUCUAUCUGCGGACUCCCAUGAAAGCCCUGAGCCCCGUCAGCUCGAUGUCUGCGCUGCGACAGCAGGUCAAAGGGCCAGCGAGUGCCCAGGGAGGGCUGAGGAGGGUGCAGUCGCCCGGUCCCAACAACGGGGCGUCAUACUCCGCUGCUGUCGCCCGGCAAACGCCAGGAAGAGGCUUGACACCCGCUUCACCUUCAUCCAGAGGCAGACUUCCACAGACGCCCAGGAGCAGAUCACUGGGAAUGAGCAAACCGUGCGCUCCCGUCGCUGACGAGGCCUGGAAAGAUGGUUGUUACUGAAAUACUGAGAACUUCAGCUGUUUUCCUCAGAAAGACAUGGCAGAGAAAAAUCCCUAAAACCGGAGCCUCCACAACGAGAGGAACAAUGGAUCGGACACAGUUUGCGUUCAAAGACGACAACAAAUUGUAAUAUCUGCUUGAUUUUCAGAUAUCAGUAUACUUGUAUUUUCAUGAGAAUGGGGGAGUAUGAGAACUUGAAUAAUGAAAAAGGUUUGAUGUCCUGUAAUACUUGUUGUUUUUGUGAAACAAUGUGUGGAAUUUAAUUCCUAAAUGCUGUGGAGUAACCUGAUGUUGGUUUUGCAUGUCUAUCUAUUUUUAGAAAUGAAGGAUAUAUUAUUUUUAUUUGUGGGGGGGGAGAAUGUGAGAAUUUUUAAUUUGAUGAAGGAAUCGUUGUAUUCUGUAAAGCCAGAAAUGUGUCUGUUUUGUAUCGUCAAGACAUAGCAAUAGUUUUCACAAAAAUUGACCUCAGAGAAGAAAAUAAUUUAAUUUUAAUUUAAUUUUAAUGGAGAUCACAGCAAUGUGCCUCGGUGCAUUACUACUGUUCCUUACUUCAGUGCUUGAAGUUACUACACUUUCACUUCAGCUGGAAGUGUGAUGCCUGUAUAGUCUAGGUUUAAAUAUGCACUAAGCCAGUACAAUUGGAAAUAUAUGAGUAUGCAAUGAUAAUGGAGUGCCUCAGAAAAUCAAUAAAUCAAUUUCAGCAAUAAA